AUGACUAAAAAAAUUUUUUUAAUAUGUCUAUUUUUUAACAUAUUUUAUUUUUAUUUUUUAAUUUCAAAAACAAUAUCUACACCUAUUAAUAUAAUAAUGAAUAGAAGUGUCAAAACAGAAAAUAAUAGCAAUGCUAAGAAAAUUGUAAAAAGGGAUAUAUUGUUGGAUCAGUGGGCACCAUGGAAUGUGAGUGAAAUCCAAUAUUUUGUUCAAUCUCCAGUUUCACAAGAAAAUGUUAAAAAAGCAAUUGAACAUAUUGAAAAUAAUACUUGUAUAAAAUUUAAAAAGGUUGAAACAGAAUUUGAUGAUAAACAAGGGUUAAUUUUUAAAGAAGGUGAUGUUUGUUCUUCCAAUGUUGGACUUAUUAAUCCAAACAAAUCGCAACCUAUAAAAUUAUCAAGUUAUUGUUACGAUAAAGUUGAAUUAAUUUUACAUGAAAUUGGACAUGCAUUAGGUUUAAUACAUGAACAAUCCCGAAGUGAUAGAGAUGAUUAUAUUGCAAUAGAUCUUGAAAAUGUAAAAGAUGAUGAAAAGCAUAAUUUUCAAAUAAUGAAUUAUUCUAGCUAUAGAAACUAUUCGACUCAAUAUGAUGUUAAAGCUCUGAUGCAUUAUAAACCAACUGAUUUUGCUAAAAAUACAAAAAAACCAGUAAUUACAUCAAAAUUAGACAAAGCAUAUCAAAAGAGUAUGGGUUAUAGUACAAAAAUGACAUUUAAUGAAAUAAAACAAUUAAAUUUAUGCCACUGUAAUAAAUGCAAUUGGGUUAAUGACGAUGGUAGAAAAACAAAAACAAACGGUACAGAUAGGUGUAGAAAUGGCGGUUAUCCAGAUCAUAAUGAUUGUAAUAAAUGCAUUUGUCCAACAGGAUAUACAGGAACAUUCUGCAAGGAUAUAGAAAAAAGUGAUGCAGGAUGUCCCGAUCAAAAGUAUCAAGUUCUAUCUAGUGUUAAAAAUAUAUAUUUAAUCAAAGAAAAAAAAUGUUAUAUAUUCUUACAAGCAAUUAAAGGAAAGAAAAUAAAAUUACAAAUAAUUUCUUUAAUUUGGCCAGGAAAAGCUUUUUGUACCGAAGAAAAUUCUAAUCAAAUAAAAUAUUUUCGAGAUAAAGGUAACACUGGAUUACUUCUUUGUGGAAUUCAUUAUUACAUAGAACUUACAUCACAAAGUAAUUCUGUUCUUAUAGUAUACAGAGGACAAACAGAUAGAGAUGCUCUAGGUGUGGGAUUUAUUGAAACAGAUUGA